ACAACAAACAAUACAAGACACACCUAAAUUGCUUUAGAGAAUCCAAAAUCUAAUGAUCCAUACACCAAUGUUGGUUACUUGCUUGCCUUAUAAGUCAUUGUUAUUAUAUCCACCAUAAUGUUCAUAUUCUAACACACGAAAAUGAUGCUCAUUUCCCGCUCUUACCUAUUUCUUCCUUUUCUAAAACACACUAUAAAAGUACCAUCUUCCCCAUCAUCUCAUGCAUUCAAAUCCUCCACAAACAAUGGCUACUUACAUCAAAUCCACUCAUCUUAAUAAAUGGGAUGCUAUAUUUCUUGCUUUUUCUCUAUACAUAUCUUUUCUUGGUUGUCUUUGUGAAGCUAGGAUUUACACGGGUAAAGGCGCAUUUGUCCGAACCAAGGGCUCAAACUUUGUUGUCAAUGGUUCGCCUUUUUUGUUCAAUGGUUUUAAUGCAUAUUGGAUGAUGAAUGUAGCCGCUGAUCCAAGUGAACGAUACAAAGUUAGCCAAGUCCUACAAGACGCUGCGAAUGCUGGUCUUUCGGUUUGUCGCACAUGGGCUUUCGCCGAUGGUGGUGGUUAUAACGCGUUACAAAUUUCGCCAGGAGUAUAUAAUGAACUUGUAUUUCAGGGAUUGGAUUUUGUGGUGGCAGAAGCAAGAAAAUAUGGUAUUCGAUUGAUAUUAAGUUUUGUUAAUAAUUAUAAAGACUUUGGAGGGAGACCACAAUAUGUUGAGUGGGCUAGAAACUCAGGCGUUCAAAUCAGUAGUGAUGAUGAUUUCUACACAAAUCCUAUAGUUAAAGGGUAUUACAAAAAUCAUGUUCAAAGAGUUAUAACAAGAAUCAAUACAAUCACCCAAAUCUCGUAUAGUCAAGACCCCGCGAUCAUGGCAUGGGAACUCAUUAACGAGCCACGGUGUCAAGCUGAUUACUCCGGACGAACUAUUAAUGAUUGGGUUCAAGAAAUGGCUUUGUUUGUUAAGUCAUUGGAUCGAUAUCAUUUGUUGGAGAUCGGUAUGGAAGGUUUUUAUGGAGACACAUUGCCGGAAAGAAAACAAAUAAACCCGGGUUACCAAGUUGGAACCGAUUUCAUCAGCAACAAUCUUAUUAGGGAAAUUGAUUUCGCCACGAUACAUGCCUAUCCUGAUCAAUGGUUGUCUGGAAAAGAUGAAGAUUUUCAAAUGGCAUUUAUGCAAAGAUGGAUGUGGAGUCAUUUCAAAGAUUCAAGAACUAUCCUAAAGAAGCCCCUAGUGAUAGCUGAAUUUGGGAAGUCAAGCAAAGAUCCAGGUUAUAACAUUCACAAAAGGGAUUCAUACAUGAGAGAUGUUUAUAGAAACAUUUACAUGGAGGCAAGAAGUGGAGGGACAGUUGGUGGUGGUUUAGUGUGGCAGCUUAUGGCGGAUGGGAUGGGUUCCUACCGCGAUGGGUACGAAAUUAUCUUGUCUGAAAACCCGUCCACAGACAACAUCAUGUCACAGCAGUCUCACGCCAUGACAUCUCUGUCGCAUUUGUUAAGAAUUCGACAUCAUCAACAUCCGCCUAGGACAGGCUCAAACUUUUUUUAGACCCAAAGCGAAUUCUAGAAUCAGGGCAUUUUUCGUUAAAAAAUAUUCUUUUGCUUACUAUCCUAAUAAAUGAAAAUAUGAUAACACGCAUAUUUUAUAUACUAUUUCUAAGAUGCACAAAGCCAUUCCUAAGUA